AUGCUUUUAUUAUUGUUGUUAAUCAAAACUUCACUGUAGACUAUUACUUAUGAUUCAUCUACUUUUAAUUAGUUUUCAUAUACUGUAUCAGGAUUUAAUUGCCAGAAUGGAUAUACAAAAACGAGCACAGUCUCAUUUUCAGGUUCUUUUGCAAACGUGCCUUAAUUAUUCAUUUUUUUAACUACUUUGGAUUUCAAUUAUUCUACAUAAUAAAAAAUAUUACUAGAAAUAGUCGGUGUCACAUUAACAGGUACAAUAUUAUUAAAUAAUGUAGGUUUUACAAUGAAAAUAACUUGUACAAAUAAUAAAGUCAAUACUUAUGGAUUCAAAUGGUAUGCAAUUGAUGAUGCAAGAAUUUAGGUGAUUACUGAGACAAAUGCAAAUCCUAUUGCUUCAAAAUAAUAUCCAAUUUAAAAUCCAAAUACAAAAAAAGCCAUUGCCUCUAUCAUGAGUUUUGGUUAUAAUGGGCAAUUUAAUAUUGAUCUAUCUGUAAGUUAUCAUAUUAUAAAUUAGAUCACAGAAUUAACUUCAACACAUGUUACGGUUAGUAUUAAUAGUGCAUUUUAAAAUUUGAUUCAUCUUGGCUAUUAAAUAAUAUUAGGAACUGAAGAGGCACUCACUUUUUUAGAUCCAAGAUCAUGUUCAAAUAGUUACACCAGUGAUCUUUUUACUCUUUAACCAAAUAGUUAUUUUGUAAUAGGUUAAACUAAGCUUUCAACUUCUCUUUUGAGUAUAAGAUUUUAAAUAGCACUGUCCUAAACUUCAACUUAAGUCAGCUAUACUACUUCAACAUGUAAAUAUUAAUUACAAUAUAAGGGUCUUCUAAUACUUAUCCUACAAAUAUAAUGCAACCAUUUUUCUUAGACUAAAUUCUACUUAAAAACUACAUGUUAGCUAUUUGUCGAAAAUUAUUUUGGUUUCUCUCUUCAAAAAAUGUAAUAGUAUUUAUUAUAUUUUUAUAGAAAUAAAGUAUAAAGUAUUUCAUUAUAAAAGAUAUUUCCAAUUUUUAAUUGUUAAAAAAAUUUUUUAUACUACUUUUACCUUAUAUAAUUAUUUUAUUAUUNUUAACUAAAAUUUAUAUUGCAAUUAUAAUUAAAAGUCAUUCUUUUAGAAAUUCUUCAAAGAUUGUUUUAGAUUAUUAAAAAUGCUUUUAUUAUUGUUGUUAAUCAAAACUUCACUGUAGACUAUUACUUAUGAUUCAUCUACUUUUAAUUAGUUUUCAUAUACUGUAUCAGGAUUUAAUUGCCAGAAUGGAUAUACAAAAACGAGCACAGUCUCAUUUUCAGGUUCUUUUGCAAACGUGCCUUAAUUAUUCAUUUUUUUAACUACUUUGGAUUUCAAUUAUUCUACAUAAUAAAAAAUAUUACUAGAAAUAGUCGGUGUCACAUUAACAGGUACAAUAUUAUUAAAUAAUGUAGGUUUUACAAUGAAAAUAACUUGUACAAAUAAUAAAGUCAAUACUUAUGGAUUCAAAUGGUAUGCAAUUGAUGAUGCAAGAAUUUAGGUGAUUACUGAGACAAAUGCAAAUCCUAUUGCUUCAAAAUAAUAUCCAAUUUAAAAUCCAAAUACAAAAAAAGCCAUUGCCUCUAUCAUGAGUUUUGGUUAUAAUGGGCAAUUUAAUAUUGAUCUAUCUGUAAGUUAUCAUAUUAUAAAUUAGAUCACAGAAUUAACUUCAACACAUGUUACGGUUAGUAUUAAUAGUGCAUUUUAAAAUUUGAUUCAUCUUGGCUAUUAAAUAAUAUUAGGAACUGAAGAGGCACUCACUUUUUUAGAUCCAAGAUCAUGUUCAAAUAGUUACACCAGUGAUCUUUUUACUCUUUAACCAAAUAGUUAUUUUGUAAUAGGUUAAACUAAGCUUUCAACUUCUCUUUUGAGUAUAAGAUUUUAAAUAGCACUGUCCUAAACUUCAACUUAAGUCAGCUAUACUACUUCAACAUGUAAAUAUUAAUUACAAUAUAAGGGUCUUCUAAUACUUAUCCUACAAAUAUAAUGCAACCAUUUUUCUUAGACUAAAUUCUACUUAAAAACUACAUGUUAGCUAUUUGUCGAAAAUUAUUUUGGUUUCUCUCUUCAAAAAAUGUAAUAGUAUUUAUUAUAUUUUUAUAGAAAUAAAGUAUAAAGUAUUUCAUUAUAAAAGAUAUUUCCAAUUUUUAAUUGUUAAAAAAAUUUUUUAUACUACUUUUACCUUAUAUAAUUAUUUUAUUAUUUUAACUUUUACAUGCUUAUAGUGUUGUUCAAUAAUAAUGA